UGGAGUACGGUAGAGUCAGGACUCACAACUGAAAUCUAACAUUGCCUGCGUGGGACCAAUAUGUAUAUUGAUGGGUGUUGUUCCCUGCUAUUCUCGGAAUUCCAGUACAAGAUAUCGAUGCAUCUUGAUGACGCCCGCCGCCCCACUGGCACACCCCCAGACAGGACCUAGAGUUUCCAUAGUAUUGUUUGGAAAAGUGUAUCACGGGCACUUGUUAGGUCACAUGGCAUGCAUGCCAUCCACUGUGCAGUCCUUCUACAAAGCUGCUCGUGAUUUGGGGUAUCGUUGGGCAUGGAGCGACACGUGCUGCAUUGAUAAGAGCAUCGAUGCUGAGCAACAAAAGUCGAUCAAGUCCAUGUUCGACUGGUAUCACCACUCCGCACUCACAGUCGUAUACCUCUCGGAUGUUCCGGCUUUGUCAAAGCCUGGCGCUUGACCACCUGAGCACUCCCCGUUUCAUGCACCACCGG